AAGAUUAAUCUUUCAAACAGGAGGGUGACUGUAAGUUUCUGAAAUGCCUCUUUUUCUAUAUUCCACUGACAGGUACAUCGACACCACCACCAGAACAGGUAACACCUGCUCCAGUAGAAGAGACUUCAGUCACGAACAAACAAGCAGAUAAAGUUGUUAAAGUAGAUCCACUGUUGGAAAACAAGCUUCUUGAGUAUCUCUGCAAUCCCUCAUUGACAUUUCCUGUAGAUUCUGUGCAGUUAACAACUUCUCUUUCAUCCAAGGCUGAGGGUGGAGUUUCCCAUGAAGCUGUAGAGAGCUUAUUACAAAAGUUUGCCAUUCAGGACUUCAUAAGUAUUAAACAUAGGACAUCACCAGAUGGAAAGCAAUGUACAAUAGUCACAACAAAAGAUCAUUUAAAGGUAUGGCAUUUUGUAGUGAUGAUGACAUGUUUCUGGGUCAUGUUGUUCACAGUAGCUUUGGAAACUCUUAGUACAGAGACAUCAGGGAAGAUGAGGAACUUAAAGUUAUUUCUAAUAUUUAGUUCCUACUGAAAUCUCAGACAUUCAGAAUUACUCAAGAAUACAAAUGUAGCCAUUAAUGCAGAAUAGAUGAUAUUUUCUCACUUGAAUAAUGCAAUCACAUAAACAGGUGAGAGCCUGUAAGAUAAAAUCAUUUUUGCUGUUUAUAAAUCUGUGUUGUCUUGUGGCACACAUGCGCUCCCUCGAAAAAAAGAAUACCAUCUAACAGUGUUUAACUACAGAUAUUUUAUAUUCACUUCAUCGCUUUCUCACAUUGUUACAAGGCUGGUAGAACUCCAGCUCCACCUUGAAGCACAUUUAUUAAUGUUAUCUCAAACAUUACCCUAUUCUUGUUUUUAAAUCAGUUAGAUGCUGUUUGCAGAGACCUAUCAUCAAAAGGUGUGUUUAUUUCACUUGUGUCAUCUCUUGUUUGGUUCAUCUUGUAGUCAAUCAAACCAAAGGGGCAUUUUUUUUGUACAAUCAAUUAUGUCAAUUCUGAUCUUGUUAUAAUAACAUGAUGCUGGGUACAAGCUCUGAUUAGUGUUCACAAGUCUUUAAAAAGUAUUGACUUGCUUUGUGACUACUUGGACUUUUUCUCCUGACAGUCUGUAGACUGUUCUUUAUUAACAAAAGAAAGAGUAUUUUGGUAAUAAUAAACAACUUUUUCAGGAGACAAGUCAACAUCAAAGAAAAGAAAAAGAGACAGUGAUUCUAGCAGUGAUGUGGUAUCGUCAUCAACUCCUGCUGAAAUGAAGCCCAGGCUUGAAUCAGUUGAUGACAUUGAGAGUCUUUUAUCAAUGCCAACUAUGAAGGAGAUGGAAAACAAAAAAGUUGGAGAAGAAAUUUUGGAUUUACUCAAUGUACCAUCACAUAAGGAACAAUCUACAGUUGAAAAAUUCAAGUCUCAAGGUGGAGCAUUUGUUCAUGAGUUCUGUGAUCAUGGCACAAGAGGAGAUUGUAGAAAGAACAAUCCACAGAGUCAACCUUGUAGGAAGGUCCACUUCAGAAAAAUUAUCCAAAAGCAUACAGAUGGUAAGUUUAUGUUUUGUGAAGAAUAUCUAGCUUUUUGGUCAGAUUAUUUUAAUUUCAUUGUUUACUAAAAAAAAUUCUUUUGAACUAGAAUGCGUUUUUUGAUGCAAUAAUGAUUGUGCAAGCAAUAAGGGGAAAUUUUACAUUUCGAUCAUUAAAACAUAUGAGUGAUUUUCCUCUCUUUUCUUUGAAGUAUUCUAAAAGAAACAGAAACAUUUUCUCUGCGU